GCGCUGCGCUCGCCCCCUCCCCCGCGGCUCCGGAGUGCGCGCGCGUUCGCCCGCUCGCUCGCUCUCCCUUCAUUUUUUUCCCUCCCUCCCUGCCUCUCUCUCUCUCUCUCUCUCUUCCUCUCUCUCUCUCUCUCCCCCUCUCCCUCGAGCUCCCCGCUGCCCGCGGCUCCUUCGCGCUCUCCCUCUCUCUCCCGUAGGCUCCACCGAGCGAUGCGAGCGCUGGGAGACAGCGACGCCGCCUCCCGCUAGAGACCAGCCCCCCGGCCCGGCCCCUUGCCCAGCCCUGCCCAGCGCGCGGGGGUCGGCGAAGGCGCCGCGGACGCACCGACGGCUGAGGACCGGCGAUGCACAUGCACUAGCAGCACCCCCUAACUCACUCCCUCCACACCCCGCGCCGCCGCCGCCGCCGCCUCCACCUCCUCCUCCUCCGCCUCCGCCUCCUCCUCCUCCGGCAGCCGCGGCUGAAGGACCCACCCUGCCCCCCACCCCACCCUCCGCCGGCUCCGGCUGCGGAUCCAGCCUCGACUCUUAUUUUAUUUAUUUUGGGUCGUGCACAAGCCUCAGUGCCUGCAGCCCGCGCCUCCUUGGCCCGCGGGCGCCUCCUCCCUCGGCUUCGGAGCCCCAGACCCGGCCUCCCUCGGCCUCGACUCCCCCAGACUCCCACCAGCUGCCCAGAAUCUCCGCUGCUGGAAUCUUGUUAGCGGCCGGCUUUUGGGGGGUUUCUGGUCUUCCGACAUUUUUGUUCCCAGUCAAGGAGAAGAUAUCGUGAUUUUUCCCCCUUUGAGCCCAGGCUCUGCUCUCUGGGGGGGUGGGGGGCGCGCCGAGCCGGGGAGCCGUGCCAGCCGAGUCGUGCGGGCUGUGGCAGGGAAGGGGCCACCAUGGGAUGUACUCUGAGCGCAGAAGAGAGAGCCGCCCUCGAGCGGAGCAAGGCGAUUGAGAAAAACCUCAAAGAGGAUGGCAUCAGCGCCGCCAAAGAUGUGAAAUUACUCCUGCUGGGGGCUGGAGAAUCAGGAAAAAGCACCAUUGUGAAGCAGAUGAAGAUCAUCCAUGAAGAUGGGUUCUCUGGGGAAGACGUGAAGCAGUACAAGCCCGUUGUCUACAGCAACACCAUCCAGUCUCUGGCAGCCAUCGUCCGGGCCAUGGACACUUUGGGCGUCGAAUAUGGUGACAAGGAAAAAAAGGCUGAUGCCAAGAUGGUGUGCGACGUGGUGAGUCGUAUGGAAGACACUGAGCCCUUCUCCGCAGAGCUGCUUUCCGCCAUGAUGCGACUCUGGGGUGACUCAGGGAUCCAAGAGUGCUUCAACCGGUCUCGGGAGUAUCAGCUCAAUGAUUCUGCCAAAUACUACCUAGACAGCCUGGAUCGGAUUGGGGCCGGCGACUACCAGCCCACCGAGCAGGACAUCCUCCGAACCAGGGUCAAAACCACCGGCAUCGUAGAAACCCACUUCACAUUCAAGAACCUCCACUUCAGGCUGUUCGACGUCGGGGGCCAGCGAUCUGAACGCAAGAAGUGGAUCCACUGCUUCGAGGACGUCACGGCCAUCAUUUUCUGCGUCGCACUCAGCGGCUAUGACCAGGUGCUCCACGAAGACGAAACCACGAACCGCAUGCACGAGUCGCUGAAACUGUUUGACAGCAUCUGCAACAACAAGUGGUUCACAGACACGUCCAUCAUCCUGUUUCUCAACAAGAAGGACAUAUUUGAAGAGAAAAUCAAGAAGUCCCCACUGACCAUCUGCUUUCCUGAAUACACAGGCCCCAGCGCCUUCACGGAGGCCGUGGCGUACAUCCAGGCGCAGUACGAGAGCAAGAACAAGUCAGCCCACAAGGAGGUCUACACCCACGUCACCUGUGCCACAGACACCAACAACAUCCAGUUUGUCUUCGACGCCGUGACGGACGUCAUCAUCGCCAAAAACCUGCGGGGCUGUGGACUCUACUGAGCCCCAGCCUCCCGCCAAACUGCCCCCGCCGCCCCCGCCCAGGCCACCACCCACUCCUCCCCUGGAGCCAGAGCUCUGCCAUCUCAGACCACUCUGCACUGAGGAAGAAGAACCCAGACGCUGGCACCAGGGGUGGAGGCGGGAGCACCCUCUCAGCCACAUGGCCACCGCUCCCCUGGGACGGGUGGUGAUGGGGCUGUGGGGACACUGAGUGCUGCCGGGCAGGCGACCACCAGGCCACGGCCUGAGUGCUGCCCACUGGCCUCCGCUUCAUCUCAGUGUUUCAUUCAGAGGCGGGCGGGGGCGGGAGGGUGGACUAAGCUGCCAUUUGGCCCAGAAGGGGCACAUCCUGCACUCCGUGAGUCAUGCUCCAAGUCCUGGGGUCUCCUCUCAUCAUCUGGGGUGCAGAUGGAGGAUGGCCCCGAGGCAGAGUGCUGGCCAGUGUGUGGGGAUAACAGAAGCCAUCCCUCAGCUUUGCCUGGGGUCUCUUUGUCAGGGCUGCUCCGCCACCAGAAGCCAGGGUGGGACCAGGCUGACUGCAUGUGGGUGGAGGGCUCAGGCCUGGCGAGGGCCUCCCUUCCCACAGGCCUCACUCUCUUCCUCCGGUCCUCCUGCCUUGCCCUUUGCCCUCCCCAGAAUCCCCAGUCCAACCUCCACCCAGGGCUUGGAUGUGCUGACUGACCACCUGUAGUGACGGAUGGUGGGAGGGCCAGGCCUACACCUGGCAGGAGUUAGGGAAGGUGUGGGGAGGGGGAGGGCAGCAGCCGGGGACAGCCACCUGCUUGGUCCCACGCCCCACUCAGCUGCUCUCGGGCGAGUGGAUGUGCCUUCCCUGGUCCGAGUUGCCGCGAGUCCUCCUCAAGCUGGCAAGGACAGGCUGAGGCCCUUGGACUGGGGUUUUUGUAGGUGGGGCGACCCAGAGAAGGUCUGGGUUGGCCAGUGUGGCCAGUGCCCACUUUGCUUCACCUGGUCAAGAAGUCAGGGAGCCCUUGGUCACCUCCCAUCCUCAGGGGCAGAGGAGAGAGCAGGUGGGUGGGACCAGCACCCUGGAAGGAGCUCCGAGGGACCCAGGCCAGCUCCGACACACACCCUGCCUCCCCAGGAGGACCUUGGAGUGACUUUGCUACAGAGAACCCUGAGCAGAAAGCGAUGGGGGCUUCUGGUGGCCUGGCCCUGUUUAGGGCAGUCUGCACCCCUCCCCCUCCCGGCACCUCCAGUCAGCUGAUGCCACGGCCCGCAGUCUAGGAGGCCUGUCCUUUGUGUGGUAGACUGUGCCCAGGGACCCAGCCAUACUCACAGGAGGGCAAGGGCUGCCUCUUGAGAGGCCUCUGCCUCCCUCCUUAAGCCGUGUGUCCUCCCAGCCUCACUCAACACGGCUCAGCCCAGGCAGGUCAGAUGCCUGGACUCCUACCUGCAGCCCCUUGGACUGCCCAGGAACCAGCAAGAGCCCAGGCUUGUGGCUCUGGGCUCAUUGGUUUCACAGGCACAGAGCUGCAGUUGGAGCAGGACUUGCUCAUGGCCAAAGCUGAUAGAGACGGCUUCAGGCAGAGCCCUUCCCUGCCAGGCUGCAGGAACCGCCCACCAGCCCAAAUCCACUUCCAUUUGUCCACCUCCAGCAUGUUCUGGACCUUGUACCAGGUGCUGGGACGUGGCUGAGGGCAGGCCCUUGCAGCCAGCAGCCUUAAGAUCUUGCCAUGGACAGUUAAGGCCACUUAAGUCAUUUUGUCUCACACUGAUGACACAGUUGUUCCUUUAGCGUCACUACCCUGGGUGUGGCCUAGCUGUGCUCCUAACUGCCCCAGACUGUGACCGCAGAUCAAAAGCACCUGGCAAGAGGUGUGAUGUUGGCCCAACCCCGUGGUGUCGGGCCAUCAUCCUGGUAGUGGAAUAGCUGACCCUGCAGCCCCAGGGUUCGCUCGCUCUCCUGCAGCUGCCCCCAUAAAAGUGCCGCAGCACCGGGGACAGAGUCUGGGCUGGAGUCAAGACCUGGGUCCAGCCCUUCCCCGCCUGUGGUGCUGGGGAGGCGCCCGGCCUUCCAGGACGCCUCUUCUGUAGCUGCUCCGUCCUGCUCAGUGUCUCGCCGUCUCAGCCCUCCCGCCCUGGCCUGCUCAGCGCGGGCAGUGGCGUGGGGUGUGCCUCAGCCGUCUAGUGUAGGCCAGCAGGGAGCGGGUGUCCAGCAAGGGCCGCUCUCCACUCCACGUCAUCCGCUCCACCACUGGGGGACAACAGAGGGCGGCAGAUGAGUUUUGGCUCCGUCGUGGGUGUGGUUGUUGGGGAGGUGUUGCAAGUGACCAGACAAGGAUGGGUGUCUCAUCCACAGUGGCCCCGUGUGUCCCCAGAGGGGCCGUGCAAGCUCUGAGUAGCUCUGAUCCAACAGACCAAGGGAGACCGAUGUCUAGGAACGGUGCCUUUGCCAAACUUGUAACCAUGUGCCUGUCACUGAGGUGCCUGUGAGCAAGUUCUGUGCCCCGCGCCCCAGCUGUCCCAAGAGCCAGGCCCCCGCCCUCCCUCUGAGCACUGAAAGGCCGCCCAAGGCUCUCGGGGCUGGCUCAGAGUGCCGUCCACCCGAGACUCAAGGAGGGACUCUGUUGGGCUCUGGCGGGAAGAGGGUACAGUCUGCACAGUCUGAGCAGAGAGCCCAGCCUGGGCCCCUCGCCAGGGGCCCUGACCACCUACUGUGGAGAUCUUGGCUCCUGAUGCACCGUCCCUCCUCUCCCCACUGACCCAGCAGAGCCCAGGCAGAAGACCUCUGCCACAUCAAGUGCCAGGAGGCAGCUCUGCUCCCAGCUCCACACCCCACUGUGGGCUCUGGAGGCUGAGUGUCCCAGGGACAGGCAGGCUUAAGUCCCCCCCACCCAGGCCCUAUAAGUAGACUGUCUGCAAACCCCCAACAGGAAAGGCCCUGGAGUCGCCUCUCCCAAGCCCUCCCCUCCCCUGCACAAGCCCCGCAGCUCCCUCCCACCUAAUGGCAUUCAGUUAGUACCCCAGCAGCAGACAUUGGAAGUUCUACCUUACCUCUAGCCUGCAUCCUUCCUAACUACCCCUUCCCACUCAUUUUCUCCCUCUGACCCAGUGCACUGUUGUUGGCACGUGAUCACCGUCAUCAGAGAGGAGCCCUGGGUCUCCUUCCGCCAGCCCCUGCAGCAGCCUGCGCACACCCUUUUGAGAAGCCUGGGCCAGAGCGUCUUCCGGCUGCCACUAGUCUUCUCCGAGCCUUCUGAAGCCUUUAGGCACCUGGCAGCCCUCAGGAACUAGACCUGAGGCUCUGGCUCCAUGGUCACAGAGGUACCGCCUGGGGUGUGCGGCCAGUUCCCCACGCGGCCCACAGGUCUAUAGAGCAGCCCAGGGAACAGGGCCAGGUUGGGGCCACUGCCAUGGGCCUGCAGCAGGGUUCCCCAGGCCCACCCUCAGCGAGGAGUGUCCUGAACCUACCCAGCCCGCACAGCAGAGCUGGGGCCUCCAGACAGACCCCACCGCAGCCAGAUGAAGGCCCCUGUCAUGGAAGGGGCAGGCUGGGCCAAAGCAGAAAGUCCAAGGUCCUGGAAAGUCCCCAUCAGGGAGGGGCUCCCUCUGAAGGCAGCUCGUCCCAAGCCCUUCCCCGCCUGCCUGGCCUGCGGUCCAGCUCCAGGGCCGCAGCCUUCGCUCCUGGGCUUCCCCACCCCGCUGCUUCUGACCGGUCCUGGCUGCACCUCCUCCGCCUCCCCGGCAGCCUGUCUGCGCCCUCCCAGUCCCAGGCGGGGAGGGCGGGCGCCCACGGCCUCCUCAGCAGAGCCUCCCACCCCGUAUUAACUGUACUUUUGUAAGAAGAGUUGACUUGUUGGUUUAAUAAAUCUCUAGUUAUUGUAAUAAUUUAUUGGCUGCCGUAAUGUAUUUAUUAGUCACCUACCGUUAAUAAACAGUGCCAGCUCCUUCUA